CUCACCUCGGGCUUAACCCUAAACCAAACCAAGAUGGAAGGUCCCCUGAUGACCAGCUUCCCAGCUUCCCUGACCUUUGAUGUAUGCAAGGUACUAAGUCCAGGGGCCCCUUGUGUUUGGGAUGAUUGGGAUGGAGAAACAGUAUAUGUGUGCCCAGGCACGGGGCGAGAUGUAUCCGAGAACUAUAGGUGUGGAGGGCCAGAGUACGGCUAUUGCUACCAUUGGGGAUGUGAAACUACCGGGAGUGUCUACUGGAACCCUUCUUCAACGUGGGAUUUAAUCAAGGUGUCCAAAGUCCAGAGUGGUUCCCAAAGCUCUUGUCGUAACAAUGAAGGAGGGAGGUGCAACUUCCAUCAGUUGCAAUUUACAGAAAAAGGUAAACAAGGCCUGUUCUUGUACCGAAAAACCACUUACGACCCCUUCGGGUUAUUUAUGCUCAAGAGAGAAAUAGCCACUAUCUCCCCAAGCCCCAUAGGCCCCAAUCGUAUCCUGACGGGACUCCUAGGGAGCGAUCCCCCUAGUGGAACGCAGAUACCAGGGGCUAUGACUCCUGUCACUCCUGUGGGGGCUCACCCCUCGCACCCCAACCACACCUCGGGAGCGAGUUCCCGAGCUCGAGCGGGGGAUCGACUGCUUAACCUAGUCCUGGGAGCCCACUCAGCCCUUAAUCAAACUGCACCUGAACGGGCUAAGUCCUGUUGGCUAUGCUUGGCGGCAGCCCCGCCCUAUUAUGAAGGAAUAGCCACCCUAGGAAACUACAGUAAGGUUACAGUGUCCGAACCCCGAUGCCACGCAGGAACUCCUCACCCCUUGACUCUUGCGGAGGUCUCGGGAUCCGGGCUCUGCUUAGGAAAACCCCCUCAGACUCACACCCACCUCUGCAACAAGACUAUAGACUUCCCUCAAGAGCAAGGUAGUUAUCUCCUACCCCAACCAGGAGCCUGGUGGGCAUGUAAUGGGGGACUUACUCCAUGUCUGAGCCCCGAUGUCCUUAAUGGCACUGGGGGCUUCUGCAUAAUGAUUAAACUUUUGCCCCGAAUAUUUUACCAUCCUGCUGGGGAGGUGGAGAGGUCCUUUACACAGCGACCUCACUGGGCUAAACGAGAACCUGUGUCCCUAACCUUAGCCUUACUCCUCGGGGCUGGAGUCGCGGCAGGAGUUGGGACCGGGACAGCAGCCUUAGUACAAGGGCCCCAGUUAUAUGCUAACCUAGAAAAAGCCAUAAGUGAAGAUAUUAGAGAUCUUGAGCAAUCUGUCUCAUAUUUACAAGAGUCCCUUAGCUCCCUCGCUGAGGUGGUACUUCAAAAUAGAAGGGGGUUAGAUCUGUUAUUCUUAAAAGAAGGAGGAAUGUGUGUGGCACUGGGCGAGGAAUGUUGCUUUUAUGCAGACAAUUCUGGGGUCGUUAAAGACUCCAUGGCCAAGCUCCGCCAAAGGCUAGACGCCAGGCAGAAAGAACGAGAAGCCUCACAACCCUGGUUUGAACGAUGGUUUAAUAAUAGCCCUUGGUUAACUACUCUAGUCUCCACCCUUCUAGGCCCCCUCUUUAUCAUCCUCCUCUUGCUGACCCUUGGGCCCUGUAUCCUCAAUAGAAUACUUCAGUUUGUGAGGGACCGCCUAUCUGUUGUGCAGACCUUAGUUCUCAAAAAUCAAUACCAAAUGCUGAACACUGCAGACUCCGAAAUCCCGUAAGAAAGGUAAAAGAUUUUUCCCAGGCACUAGAAAGAGUGGGGAAUGAAAGACCCUCGAGCUGUAGCCCCUUCAAC